AUGGCUUCACCGUCAGCUCCCAACGACGUCUGGCUCAUAGUUCGGGGUCAUCUGGAUAUUGACACGUUUCUGGCGUUCCGCCUGACAUGUCGAAAGUACUACGAGCUCAUAAAUUCUCACAUGACUGGCCUCACCGAAGCCGUUGCAGCUUCCACAUUCCCCCAUCAGACUCGCAUCCUCCAGCAUGACUGCUCGCGAGGCUUGAGCUCUCCAGCAAUGAGCCUGAGUUGGCUCAAGGGUCGGAGGCUCCAGCAGUUGACCGCGAUCGUGCUCGAGUCCAACAGGGAACGCGCAAUCAUGGCUGAAGACCCACUCGGAGACGAAGCCAGAGCACAGCGUGUCGCGGGAUGGAAGAUACUCCUGCGGCUUCACUCGAUCGAACGAGAAGUGCAAGGUCUCACGACGGAUGAAAUCUUGAGUAUCCACCUUCCGCAAGAAGAUGCAGACCCGGAGGAAGUGGACAUCUCCGUGCGGAUUUCCAGGAUCAAGGAAGUGGAGAUCUGUCGGAGACGCUGCUAUUUCAUCAAAACGCUCUCCUUUGAUGACAUGUGGGCGUACCAUGCGCUCAAAGAUUUCAUCCAAGUCGAAGUUCUCGGGUAUCCUUGGCAUGAACCCUGGAAAACGGAGCCGGGAACACUAGAUCUGGAGUCCUUCCCUUGGGUAUGGCAGCAAGUACUACAUGAUGGUCCCGACAUAUUCUGGAAAGUCUGGUGGUCUCGCGGAAGCACAGGCGCUGACGACACUCUGCCGAUCAAGCACAAGUAUGAAAAGAGUUGGAGGGAUCGGGAUCCCUCAAGCACUCCAAGCGCACGAGACGCCGCGCGGGUCAUGGACCGCACGAUCGGCAGAGUGCUGAACCGUUACUUCGGGUCGCUGAGCACUAUCCACGGCCGGGACUAUACCCUCCCGCAGAUGCCCGGAUCCCCGGGACCAGGCAUCGAAGAACGUCGGCGCUGGAUGGAAAUCGGCGAGCCCACGCCAGGCCCUACAUUCGCGGAUGUGUCGGUGAAGCAGACUCUGAGCUGUCAGAUCAUGGGAGAAGCUCCAUGGCUCGAAGAGGGCGGAGAGGAUGGGGCGCGUCGGCGGAGGCGCAGAUCAAUGCACUGUGGUCCUUCGUCAAAAUACCCCAUGCCCUCUCUGAACAGGUACAUAGCUCUCUGGAAGGAGCUCCGGCUCUGUAGGAGACCACUUGAUGGAAACAAGCGAUCCCGUCCACGGCGCCCGCCGUCCCCUCCUCCUCCUCCUCCUCCUAUGA